AGCGCACUUAGGACAAAAUUGCAGAAUUUGCUGAACGCUGUGACUAUCAUCUUGGUUCAGCAGACCUUGUUUUGUGUAAUACGUCCUUGCUAGCAAUCUACCAUUAGGCACCCAGAAGUACACUAAUGGGCAAAAUUUAGGGUGGUUGCAGAAUUGCGACCUUGAGGUCGAAUCAAGCGCUCCGCCCAGUUUGGGCGUUGGACUUUCGGGCGAUGGGUCUUUUCUAGACCCGCUAUGGGCCAGCCCGACGCUGAUCGUUGUCCAACCCUCUCCAAAAACGAUUAUUUGAUUGCUGGUUCCAUCAGUGGCUUUGUAUCCCGCGCUAUAGUGCAGCCGUUGGAUGUUUUGAAAAUUCGAUUUCAGUUACAAGUCGAACCUAUUAGCUCAUCAUACGCUGGGAAGUACCACGGUUUUGUCCAAGCCAUCCGUUGUAUCAGCAAGGAGGAGGGUGCGAUCGCCUUUUGGAAGGGACACAUUCCUGCCCAGCUGCAAGCCGUUGGUUUUUCUUCCAUCCAGUUCCUGACGUUCGAAGUGUUAGUAUCUUGGCUUGUUCAGCUUAACGUGUACCGUGGUUCACCUCGAGGUCCACGUGCUACCCUAAAAUCAUCUAAUACGCUAGAGACGUUCGUUUGUGGUAGUGUGGCCGGAUCGGUUGCCGCAGCAUGUACCCAACCAUUAGAUGUUCUGCGGACUCGUUUCAUCGCCCAAGGAGAACCAAAGCUCUACCGAAAUGUUGCGCACGCCGCUGUUUAUAUUACGUCACACGAAGGAGUGCCUGGUUUCUUCCGUGGGCUGGUUCCUUCUCUGCUGCUAGUAGCUCCACAAACCGGACUUCAGUUCGCCAUUUACCAUACUUUCAACCAGCUUGUUGAAGCUGCGCGUCAAGACCUGAAGGAUCGUGCAAGCAACAAAACCAGCGGACCUUUUGCAGACUCAGACUCCAAGAGGGUUCUGCAUCACGAACCCUAUCGCGUCGGUACCGUUCAGAGUCUUAUCUCAGGAGGGCUGGCUGGUAUGGGUUCGAAGUGCAUCAUCUAUCCACUCGAUAUGAUCAAAAAAAGGAUGCAAAUUCAUCAAUCUUCGCACACUUCCUUCUCCCUCCCCAUCCCUGUCUACUCAGGGUUUUGAGGAGGCACGUGUUCGAUUUGGCCGUGUACCCGUCUCGGGCAGUGUCCGAAACUGUGUAGUGAGUAUUUGGAACACUGAAGGAGCAUAUGCAUUGUUUAAGGGCUUACGUCCUACAUUGCUCAAAUCGUGCGUGUCCAUUUCCUGUCGAUUCACAGUGUACGAGCAGUUAUGUCGCCUCAUUUACUACAGUCGAAAUUCAGAGAAACGCGGACGCACUUUCUAGCUGUAUUUUCGUCUUUUUCUGUAACUUUGUAUCUACUACCAUAUGGCCCGUAUUUUACCCAUUUGUUCCACUCCUUUUGAUUCCUGUUUCCAACUCCCAUCGUUGUUCUCCUUGCGCUGUUGAAACAUUUACCUAUUUCAUACUUCCCCCACAUUCGACUUCAUUUCUCCUUUCCGGUUAUCCGGACUUUUUAUCCUUUCACGUUCUGUAUUUUUUCUCCGUUUCACAUCGCGCAAUUUUUUCUGCAAUUUUCCAACACCGUGAUAUUUGUUACAGGAAAUUUUGGAAACAAUGCGUUUUUCAACUUAUUGGUGCACCUAUCCGAUUCCUUUCUCUAACAACGCCUACAUGGGAAAUGUUGAUUUCUCCACACGAGCUGCUCUGCUAUCAA